AUGCGCGGAAACAGAUGCGCGGCGACGGCGCGCGCGACGGACGAUCUGGGCGCGCGAACGGCGGCGGCGGUGUGCGAUGACGAUCCGUUCGCGUUCGGGGCGCGCGCGCGGGCGCUGUUCGAGGACAUCGACGGGGAGACGCUGGCGGAGGACGACGACGACGACGACGACGACGCGAGACGCGGCGACGCGCGAAGGAUCGGUCGGGGGGUGAGCGUGUUCGAGAAGGUGCGACGGGAGAAGGCGGGGACGACGAUGACGGCGACGACGGCGACGACGGCGACGGCGACGGCGACGGCGGAGGAAGAGGAAGAGGACGCGUUCGACGAGCCGAGGGCGAAGGCGAAGGCGAACGCGAAGAAGCCGGCGAAGGCGAAGGCGGGACGCGAGAGAGCGAGGGAAAAGACCGCGCGGGACGGCGGUGAUGACGACGUGAUGGUCGUGGACGACGACGUCGGGGAGUGCGCGAGGCCGGCGGAGGAUUUGUUUGACGAAGUCGCGGCGACGGGCGAUAAGCGCGCGAAACGCGAGGUGAAGACGCUGGCGCGGCCGAAGAAGCGCGUCGUGGAGGCGCCGGCGGCGGUGGUCGAGACGCAUGCGGUGAUGCCGGCGCCGUCGGCGCGCGCGAAGGCGUCGACGACGGGGCGAAUCCGGGCGUCGACGUCCGCCGCGGCGUCGGCGCCGCCGCCCGCGAAGAAGAAGAAGGUGUCGCUCAAGGAGUUCGCCGGGGAAGAAGACGGCGACGAGGGAGGGUUCGACGACGGCGAAGGCGACGACGACCACGGUCUGGUGCCGCAAUCGGGCGCGCAGUUGGCGGACAUCGAUGAGGCCAACUACGCGGUGUCGGGGUUGUCCACCGUGAGGGACGUCAAGGAGAAGAUGCGGUGCGUCGGCGUCUUGGCCAAUUUGAUGGGUAAUCAGCGCACGCGCAGGCUGUUGGCGUCGUACGGCAUACCGAUGAAGAUCAUCAAGGCUGCGCAAGACGCCGCGAUGGCGCCGCACGCGCCCAAUGCGUUGAAGUUUGGCGCCGCGGCGCUGUUGUAUCUCGCCGCGAGCGAUUUGCGGGCGCCCGCGACGGACGCGAUGCGCAGCGUCAAGUCGGCGAACGCGAUUCGCGCUUUGCUCCGUCCAGCGAGUUCGAGCGAUGACGCGCUGUACUUGAAAACCGCCAACACGGUUCGCUCGGCGUUGAAGGCGUUGAAGUUUUUGCCGAACGAGGCCAAGGACGCGCCGACGCUCGCGCUCCUCGUCGCGCAUCAAACGCUCAAGGGUGAGCAGGACGCCGUGCUCGCCUCGGGAUCGGGUCCGGGCGCGGGUGACGUUGAAAAUAGCUUCCGAACGAUUUUGGCGAAUCAAGGCGCGGUGCUCGCGACGUGUGAACUCGUCGCGCAAGCCACGACGACGUUGAGCAAAUUCGGCGGCGCGUGUUUCGUCGCGUCGGCGUCGGCAUCGACGAACGAUAGCGUUGACGACGAGUCCACGAUCGAGGAGUACGAACAGAGUGCCGCGCGCGUGAUCGCGCGUCUGUUCCGCGCGUCGCGUGUGCUCGAGUGUGUGAGCUUUGAAUCGCCAGCCGCGUGCGCGGUGAUUUCGACCUCGGCGCUUGGCGGAUCGAAGAGAGACGACACGAACGCCGAUGUGCGCCCUCUCGACUUGCUCGCCGUGUCCACGACGCGCCUGGCGCCGGAAGACGGUCUGAACUCGUCGCGUGGCGAUGGGAGAGGGGUUGAAUCCGCGACGACGACGGCGGCGAUUGAUAUCCCGUCGCCUUCGCCCGUCAAAUCACGCAUCCCGGGUGGAAUCACGAUGACCCCGCCGAGCACGCCCGGCGCGGUGCGCGUCGCUGGAACAUCCUACGACGACAACGAUGGUUUAACCCCGCUUUCGUCUCCUGUACCGAUCGGGUUGAUGCAAACAGCCGCGACGCGAGACAACGCGGCAGCGAUUCAGUGGUUGGCGGAUAACGUGCGCACCCCCGUGAAGGGUGGAUCGCACAACGCGCGAACGGCGUGUCGAGCACUCGUGGAGGCGCUUCCGACGCUUGCGGCGGCGACGACGGCGUCGGUCGUAGGCGCGAAGAAAGGAGACGUCGUGCAAGGCAUCGAGAUUCGUUACAACGCCGCCAUCGCCGUCGACCACCGCGUCGCCGUCGGCGCGUUGAAAUCCGCGUUGUGCACGCUGACGAACGUGACGAACGAGAAUAAGGAGGGUUGUGACGCCGUCGUUGGGGAAGAUAGUCGUGGAUUACUCGUCAUCGCGAGUUUAAUUCCCUGGUUGGCGUUAUCGAUUGAAGGAUUCACGCUUCGCGACGCGAAGGAGCGCAAGCGCACCCGAACGCCGACGGAUGAUUCCGGAUCGUCACUCUUGAAUGCCGCGCUGGUGUUGCUCGUCAACAUCGUCGAAGCAGAUGCGACGACGGCAGAUGUCCUGCGCAACGCAAUGGUGCGCUUACCGGGCGACUCGUCUCGAGGCGCGUCCUUCGUCGAAGCGCUCACGAUGUUGUACCUGCAGUCGGGCGGCGCCGACGAAGACGAAGACGAGGGCGAAAAAGAGACGGCCGAGGAGGCGCAACAUCUCACGGCGGACAUGAUUAAAUCUUACUCGUCGAAAACCAACGGCGACGAUUUGAUCUUACAGGCGUACUGCGGAUUGUUGCUCGCGUUUUUGAUCGAAGACGACGCCGCGUUGCGCGCCGAAGUCACGUCGACGUUUCCCGAAAAGCCGCAAGGCACUUCGCGUCUCAAGCCGUUGGCCGACACCCUCGAGCGUUUCCACGCGUUUCACGAGAGUUUGAAUAGCAUCUCUGCCGCGUCCAGCGAGCGACUGGUAAAGGUGGUGACCUGGCUCCGAUGA